AUGAAGCGGGCGCUUCAGUUACUUUGCUUAUCAGCUCUUCUCCCCACGUGCUUGUCCGCACCAUCCGCUACAAAUGCCCCCCUUGUCGUCUAUCCGAUUCGCAGUCAGCGGCCUCCAGUAGCGCGCGUCGGCCAUUCUUUCUCUUGGUCUUUGCUCCCCGGCACUUUCAACACCUCAACUGGCACCAAUGGAAUGACAUUCAAGGUGGAAAAUCUCCCCUCAUGGGCCACAUUCGUACCCGAAACGCAAACUUUCAGUGGUACACCCACCAGCUCCGACUUGGGUUUUACCACAGUCACAGUCCGGGCGUACAACUCGGCUAACACGGGGUCAGCAUCUGAUACACUUCGCUUGCUCGUAGCCAACGGCCAAUCAGCAACCGUCAAACUACCCCUUCAAAGUCAGCUGGGAAAUGGGGCCGUCUUAGGAUCCGCCAAAUUUGAUCAUUCCACGCAAGGCAUCAGUGUCCCGCCCAAUUGGUCCUGGUCUGUUGGACUGCUUCGGGAUACUUUUGUUGCCGACCACAAGACUGGGAUUUACUACACUGCAUAUGAAGCAGGCACAACCAGUUUACCAAGCUGGAUCAAAUUCAAUGCCGCUACCGCUACUUUCGAUGGAGUCAGUCCUAAUGAACAGAAGGACACUCUAAUCGUCGUGUAUGGCAGUGACUACUUUGGCUACGGUGAUGUUCAGCAAACCUUCAGAAUUACGGUAUCUGCACAUCUCCUCGAUCUACUGGCGCCACUUCCUGCUCUCAAUGCGACUGCCCAAAGUAUUGUCAAUUACACGAUUCCCUUUGAUGCAUUUACAAUCGAUGGGGCUCCCAAGAAUUCCUCAGCAACAAUCAGCGCUCAAGUCGAUUUAUCUCAAACCCCAUUUCUCACCUACGACCCAGUCCAUUUUUCGAUCAGCGGAACUUUACCGGCAUCUCUUGCUCCAUCCGCCACCGUCUCGAUCCCCAUCAUCUUUUCCACCCCUACUUGUCACAACGUCGUUUCGACCGAGCUCUCCUUGCUAGUGGUAUCUGGACUUUUCACCGCACCAGUCUUACCCCCCUUAUACAUCCAUCCAGGAGAGAACUUCAGCCUUAAUUUGUCCCAGUACACUUCAAACCUCAAUGCCACUUACUCUCUCGGAAGCAUUACACCUUCAAGCGUCAGUUCAUGGCUCCAAUUCAACAGUCAUCCGUUGAUGAUCUUGGGCAAAGCACCAUCGACGUUAGAAAGCAAGGCCCAGAAAAUCGAUAUUGCUUUAGAGGCCUCUGGAUUGAAUGGGGCGAGGUCAACUGCUCAUUUGCCGGUGAUUUUUGCCACGGAAUCGAACAAGGAUGGCAACUACUACAUGAAGUCUGGCCUUCGGGCUGGAGUGAAGUUGUGGUUGAUAAUCAUUUUCGGUACUUUGGGUGGUAUUAUGUUGUUGAUUUUAAUCAUGAGAACAUGUCGUAAUCAUUGCUCCGCGGACGGCAAACGAGAAAGCUUUCAAGAUGUCUACCACCCAUACUACACCUAUGCAACUGGCAAAAACGGGGAGAAAUCUUCUGACAGUCCAAUGAAGGGGACUCCUUACAGCGCAGGCGAUACAUUGAUCGACGCUCGCUCUCCCGCCUGGACCUCAAAAGCUGGCAUUGGAGGGCCAAUGAUGGCAAUAACUCAAACCGAAUUGAGUAUUGCUGGAGCCGAACCUGUUCCGCAGUCUGGCUUCAAGCGCCUGGACGUUUUCAAUGUUUUCACAAAGCCAUCCGCCAAUCGCACCUUCUCGCCAACCCAACCACCAUCCCUCCAAGGAUUGGGAAUCGCUGAAUCAAAUUACCGAGUUGUCCAUGUCGGUACCGAGUCUGGAUCAAAGCCCACUGAGGAGGCAGAGGUGGAUUGGCGCUCUGGCUCUGAAGAUUCUGGCAGUAGAGGAACGGACGCGGGCGUCAAUGCAGCAUCAUCAUCCGAAGGUCAAAGAUCAAGCUGGAAUACAACCGGCAGCUCCAGCCUUUUCUAUUCUGAUACUCAAGGCGAUGGGAGCGAUCUUGGCUCCUCUCGAAGCGGCAGGUGGUUAGAAACUCCUUCGGGAUCUACACCCAGACGGCGCAAGGAUUUCGUUCCCAGUCCCAGAUUAAGGAACCAAGACUUUUCCUCACCCUCUGCAUCAUCGGCGGAAGACGUCGAUAUGGGCACUAUUCGGAUGGUCGUCAAUGAUGGUACCAGCUCUAGCCCAGCCCGUUCGAUGACUGAUGAGGACGUUAAAGCUUGUUCCGAAUCGAUUGGAGCCAUCAAAACCGCCAGUUAUCGUCGGAUCACUGCUGACUACUCAUCCGCCUCCGGUUUAGGGUCAAGUGAACCCAGCUCUGGUGCGCAUCGCCCAAAGCUCAUUCCUUUCCAGGGUAGACACAUUCCAAGGGAUGAAGACUCGCUUACUUCGUCUGCAUCCGACGAUCAAUCCUCCGCAGCCAAUCCCAGUGGCCCAGACUCCCACCUCCGGUUGAGCCGUCCAAAUGAGCCUGAUAUUACUCGACGUCAAAGACUGAGCAUACAAUCGGAUCAAUAUAGGUUUGAGCCGAGCACAUCCAAGCCUGGAUCUCCUGCCACAUCAGCUAUAUUUUUUGCUCCUUCAGAUCAACCCAGAUUUCAAACCUCUAAGCCGUCCCCCUUAUCCAACAACUAUGCCAAUGGUGUAACCAGCGCCUUGGAUCGCAAACAACUGCCAGACUGGCUGCAUUUCGAUGCCAGUGAAUGUGAAAUUUGGGGAAUUCCGCGUAAAAUCGACGCCGGUCCGAUUUCGAUUCAGAUCAUCGAGAGCAAGCCAUUCUCCCGUGUUAAUAAAUCACCCACAGAUCCAUCGAAUUCUAUUGAUUCACCUGCGCUUGGUCGUCAAAGAGAAGUUGAAGACGUUGUAGCCCGAUUCACAUUGGAUGUUGUCGAUAAAAGCUCUUUCCAAGGUUCAUCUCACGGCAAUGUAACCACGGUUACGUUUUAA